CGAAAACACAUCUGGGCCGCACUUCAGUUCUAACAGUGAAAGAGUGAAAGAAAUUCAUCUCUGUAACUUUACACGAAGUAACCCUGAGAGUGUUACCAUGCCAGCGUUUACUAUGAGGCUGUGUGGACUCCUGUUGACUCUCUCCGUGGUUCUGGCAUAUGAAAGGGAUAUAUGUGACAUCUGUGAAGAGGAUCAAACAUCUGUAAUAUCGAAGAACCAUGAGAUUCACAUAAAUUCAAGUUUACCUGAAAUCCAAUGUUUGAUUUAUAAUGUAAAUUUAUUAAGUUGUUCCUGGAGCACAGAUUCACUUGCUGAUGAUGCACAAUAUUCUGCUUCAUUUCAAUUUUGCAGUGCAACAGAGGACCACCCUUUGAACUGUACCUCAGAAAGUUCACAGAAAUUGGUUGAAUGCCAAGGCCAAGUUAAGAUAAUAGAUGAGAUGGAUGAGAUAGAUGUGGCUGUUAACUUCAACAUUUCCAUAAAUGGUUACUUGUACAACAUCUGCCACUUUUAUAAUCUAGCAAAUAUUGAGAAGCUGGAUGCCCCACAAAAUAUUACAACUGUAAUCAAGUCAACAAACUUAGAGAUACAGUGGUUGCCACCAAGAAGUUGUUGUAUUCAUAAACAACAAUGUCUUAUUUAUGAGUUGAAGAUUAAUAAUGAGACAGUAGAGGAUACAUUGAAGGGUAUGCUGGCAUAUAACAAAACAAACUUUGAACCAACAAGGUGUUACACUAUUCAAAUAAGGGUUAAACAGUCCAAUGCCUGUGCCCUUACUCAACACUGGAGUGACUGGAGUAAAGCCGUGGUGGUCAGACAAUCUAGAAAUAUCUAUCAUCUUAAUGCAAGUGUGAUUGCAUCCAUUGCGUUUGUGCUUCCUAUGAUUCUUUUGGCUAUUCUUCUGGUCUGCAAGUUCCAAAGGUUAUUUGAGAAGCUGUUUCCUUCCAUUCCAAACCCAUCCAAGAAUGUUCAAAUGCUUCUUGAGAAAAAUGAGUUUAAUCAGGUUACACCUCCUAAACAAAUUGAAGGGGCCGAAGAAGGGGCCGAAAUCCUUGAGGUGAUAGGUUAAAGAACCAUUGUAUACCAAUGUAUUUUAAACCAGCAUUAAAAAAAAGUUAGCGACUAUAGCAACCUGGUCAGCCUUUUUGAGACUCUACACAAACAGAUACUGUUGUGUUAAAUAGAGUUUGAGGAUGUUGCAUAGAUGACACGUCUCAGUGGUUUUCAUUGUAGAUGAGGGGUUACAACAGAAGAGUUAUGCAAAAACAUGUGGUUAUAAAUGGGUUUAUUUACUAUCGCCCUAUAGUCAUUUUUUCCCCACAAAACAUUACGGGCAACAGUAUUGCUACUCACAUGCACUAUGCUCCAUGUUUUAUUUCACAUAUACUGUUUUCAAAUUUUGAUGUCAGGACAUUACAAGAAUAGCCUGUGGGUUUUUAGAUAUGUGUAGAUACCACAAUAUACUACAGCACUGUGUUUAUAGCAAUCAGUAGAAUGCUCUGACACAUUUUAUUUCCAACCAUGCAGAAAUGUAAAGCGAUGUAAAGAUACAUGUAUAAUGAAUGUAUAAUAUUAAAUAGGUUGUAUCUAUUAAUAAUAAGUAUUUAAAUUGAUGAGUUUCCUUCAAGUGCUACACUGUUUACCACAGUAUUUUUUUUAGCAACCCUAUGAAUGUCACAUCCUUCCCUUAAAGGCAUUAGAGCAUUUCACAUGGGUACUUUCCACUGUAUUUAUGUGCACUCCAGUUUUGUAAUAUCUAGCACUGUAUGCUUUAUAUUUCAUACUUCCUAUUAUCUCAAAAUAGAACAUAUAUUUCUGAGUACAUUUAGACAGGACAAGUCUGAAAUACGACUGAUUUGUUCUCUUUUUUUUUUCUCUAUUUAAAAAAUAUAUUUUUCUGUUUAAUUCAUUUUUAAUGAUUUUUUUGUUUGUUUUCUUUCAUAAUGAAUAUUUCUAAAGUUACUGUGUGCUAAAAUUCAUUGUAAGUUGUGGAUGCUCACAUGCAUGUCAUGUAUUUUGUGUUCAUUCAUUUUAUUGUAAUAAAGAAAUACAAAUUAAAAUGA